AUGUCUGCAAGAAAGCUCGGCCGGAACAAUAAUAGCAAUUCGGUGAAACGUGUGAAAGCAAGUGAAGCUGUGGUUGCCGACCCGGAUUCCUCGUUCGUCAGCGAUUCGUCAAUUCCACCCACGCCAACAAACACUCCAAUCAGCAAGGGAAUGCAACGCUCAACAUCGUUGAACUCGGUCGGUGGUCGCAAACGCAAGCAUGCCGACAACUCCAACCAAUAUCAUCGCUAUCUACUUAAGGUUCUCAAGUUGUUGCAUCCGGAAAUCGGCUUCAGCGUGAAAGGAGCCGAGGUGAUGAAUGCUUUGAUCGUUGAUACGCUGGACAAGUUGGCAAGUGAAAUUGUGCGUUUGCGAGAAGCCGCGAAAAAGAAGAAGAAGAUGGUGACGGCAGUGGAUAUGCAAGCGGCUGUUCGACUCGUUUUUCCGGAGGUAUUUGCUCGACAUGCAAUCAUUGAAGGCACCAAGUCUCUCGAGAAGUAUCGUCGAUCUCUUAAAUCU